AUGGUGAUAGCAGAACAGACUGAAGAGACAACCACAGCGGCAACAACGCAGACGGUAAUCAAUGCACCUAGCCCUCUUUGCAUACAUCCUUCUGACAUUGCUGGUUCCAUACUAGUACAUGUUCCAUUUGAUGGAAUUGGAUAUCGUUCCAGGAGAAGAAGUGUAUUGAGAGCUCUUUUAGUGAAAAACAAAUUAGGUUUUAUUAAUUGGGAUAGUAAGAGACCCGAUGCAAUGUCUCCACAUUUUUGUCAGUGGGAGAGAUGUGAAGAUAUGGUCACCUCAUGGAUCCUAAAUUCUCUGGCAAAGGACAUUGCUAAUAGUGUUGAGUAUGUGAAUGAUUAUGUUGAGCUGUGGAAAGAACUGGAGGAUCGAUGUGACCAGACGAAUAGAGUUAAGUUGUACCAAAUCCAGAAAGAAAUCAAUGAUUUGAGUCAAGGAAUGCUUGAUAUCAUUGGCUACUACACAAAAAUGAAGAAGCUUUGGGAAGAAUUGAACACUCUCAGCAUCAAAACUCAUUGUAGUUGUGUGUGUACCUGUGGGACAAAGGAAAAUAUGCAUAAGGCAGAACAAGAUAGAAGGUUAAUACAAUUUCUAAUGGGACUCAAUGAAGUUUAUACAGUUGUUCGAGGAAGCAUACUCAUAAUGAAUCAUCUGUCAUCCAUGGCACAUGCAUUUGCUCUGUUGAUAUAG